AUGGUAAGAAGAGUACCUGCUUACACACCUCCAGGGGAUAGAAUCACAAAACUUUUGCAAAGAAACACGUCAUCACCUUCCAUCACAAUAGAACGAAAGGAUAUUUACAUGAAACGCUCUGCAUCUAUUUGGAUAGCUGUGAAUGAUGCCCAUGAGAGCUGUGUGAAAGGAAAGAACAUCUCUGUUACACCAAGCAAAGCAGGGAAGUGCUUGACACCAUCUAACAUAAGUGCUCAUCAGAUCACAAACCAAGUGAUAAUAAAAUGGGACCUGUCUGCAACUCCUACAAAGUAUGAGCUGAGAUACAGAGAGGCACUCACGGAAUCCACUCAGUGGACGUUGGUGAGCAUAGAAAACAAUUCUGUCAACAUCACAGUUUCAAACUUAAAUGUUAUGUCUUCAUACAUCGUUCAGCUCAGGUGCAUAGCCAAGGAGGAUCACCACUGUGUUUGUGUUUGGAGUAGAGAGAUUUUAGUCCCUCACAAGCUCACUAACAAGCCAAUGCUAUCAUAUAACACAACUACAGAAAUCUCUCCAGGCAGAAGAAGUGUUCUUCUUAAGUGGGAGGUAGCACAAAGCAGGAACAUCCUUGGAUACUAUGUUAAUGUAGAAAGAGUACCCAACAGUUGCAAGCAUUCACCAAAACGCAUCAUUCUAAAAGACCAAAAAGUUCUUCUAAAUCUCUCCAUGGCUUAUUAUAGAAUUAAUAUUUCUGCCUAUAACGAAGCAGGAGAGUCUCCACAAACCAUUUACAUUGUCCCAGAUUUCUCCGCGACAGACCUGCCUGGCCAAAUCAACGUCAAACCUCAGGGAACCGAUACAGUUGUCACCUGGACUCCAGAAUACAAUCCAAAAUGUUUUGUGGUUGACUGGGGCACUGGUAAAGAGGAUAUGCGCAUGAAAAUAAUAGCUGCAGCUACUGGAAAUUUCACACUAGUUCCUAGAAUAGGUCCCGCUAAUGUGACAGUUCUGAAUAUCACAAAACAUACUGCACUUGUGAAGUGGACUGAAAUAGCUGCUGAAGACUGUUUGGGCUUUCUCCGGGGAUACAGAAUAAGCUACAUAGAUUCAGCAAGACCUAAAUCUGUGGCUGCUACAGUCAAUUCUUCUACCACGAGUUACCAUCUUACCGGACUUAAGGAAAAGACUAUCUACCGUGUGCAGAUUUCAGGAUUCACCAAUGCUGGAGAAGGACCUCAGACUCUUUCACAACCUUUCAGUACGCCAAAAUACGAUAAAGGGGAAUUUGAAGGUUUUGUGACUGGCCUUUGCUUCAGCAUCAUGCUCAUUCUGGUUUUUGCACCUCUCACUUGUUCUCUGGUGCUUAAAAGGUUGAAAGAAUGGUACUGGCCUAGCGUACCGAAUCCAAGAAACAGCAGUGCAAUCCAAGAUAUGGCAAGUACUGUUCCAAUGACUAAUUGGAAACCCAUUUCAACAUCACUGCUUCAGGCCGUGACAGACAAUGAUACCACCAGCCUGUACGUCAUAGAGCAUGAGUCAAAGGCUCCUUUGAAGCUAGAGCUCUUUGCAGAUGAUGUAGAAGAAGACAGCAAACGUGACACAUGCCAGUCAGAAACACUUAGGAAUAAUAUAGACAUAAGCCUAAGGCAUGCACAAAUCCCUGAAAAAGCUGUUACAAGUGAAAAUGAAAGGGUCAUUUCCAUUACAGUACCACUCUUGAGUGACUAUACCAGCAUGGAGUUCAGCCAGAAAGCCCUGAUGAGUCUGACAGUGAAGCUACCUGCAAGAGCUGCUCAUCCUCACCUGGAAAUGGAGCUAAGCAGUAAGCCAGCAAAAACUGAGCAACAGGUUUUGUUUGCUCCUCAAGAUUACUUGAAACAAAGCCAGGUAGUAUUUAUGCCAUCUGGACCAACUUUAAGGGGACAUGUCAAUUCUAACUGA